GAAGGAUAGAAGCAAUAUCGAACUUGUAAUGCGCAUUGAAGGCCCCUGGCCUAGCCUAGCAGUUCUAGGUAAAUUAGCCCCCAAGACCCUUGAAGCUACGGUGCCCCUCCGAUCCCGGCAAUUAGAGACCCCACUACGAUUUUACCAUAGCUUCAGAACACAAAUUUUAUUAUCCGCUGAAGCUUUCGUGAAGCUGCAUCAGUAAACGGGAAUACCAAUUGAACCACCACCAUGGCUUCUAGACUGCUUAGGAUAGGCCUCAUCCCCGGCGACGGCAUCGGCCGCGAAGUAAUCCCCGCCGGGCGCCGCAUCCUCGAAGCCCUACCCUCCUCUCUAAACCUCAGAUUCGAGUUUUCGGACCUGCACGCCGGCUUCCAGACCUUCGAGCGCACAGGCGCCGCUUUACCGGACGCCACCGUCGAAGCCCUCAAGCAAUCCUGCGACGGCGCGCUCUUCGGCGCCGUCAGCUCGCCCACGUCCGCCGUGAAGGGGUACUCGUCGCCCAUCGUCGCGCUGCGCAAGAAGCUGGACCUGUACGCGAACGUGCGGCCCGUGAAGACGGUGCGCGGCGCGCCCAAGCAGAUCGACAUGGUCAUCGUGCGCGAGAACACCGAGGACCUGUACGUGAAAGAAGAGCGCACCGUCGAUAUCCCGGGAAGCCCGACGGGCAAGUACGCCGAGGCUAUAAAGCGCAUCUCGGAGCGCGCGAGCACGCGCAUCGCGGCCAUGGCCGGCGAGAUCGCCCUGCGCCGCCAGAAGAUCCGCGACGCCUCGGGGCCGAACUCGUCUAUCCACUCCAGCCCCCUCGUCACUAUAACCCACAAAUCGAACGUGCUCUCGCAAACCGACGGGCUAUUCCGCAGCGCAUCGCGCGCCGCCCUCGCGAACCCCAAGUUCGCGGGCAUCCGCGUCGAGGAGCAGAUCGUGGAUAGCAUGGUAUACAAGCUCUUCCGACAGCCGGAAGACUACGACGUGAUCGUAGCGCCGAACCUAUACGGGGACAUCCUUUCUGACGGCGCCGCGGCGCUAGUGGGUUCGCUCGGCCUGGUUCCCUCGGCGAACGUGGGCGAGGGGUUCGCGAUCGGCGAGCCGUGCCACGGCAGCGCGCCCGACAUCGAGGGCAAGGGGAUCGCGAACCCGAUCGCGACGCUGCGGAGCACGGCGCUCAUGCUCGAGUUCCUGGACGAGGAGGAGGCCGCGGCUAAGAUAUACGCUGCUGUUGACGCGAAUCUCGAGGAGGGCAAGCUGUUGACGCCGGAUCUGGGCGGUAAGGCGACGACGGAGGAGGUUGUGGUGGAUAUCUUGAAGAGGUUAUAGGUACCUUGUUGGUAAGUCCUAUCGGAUAAAGAAAUAGAUAUUUACCUCAGUUGGUCGCUCAGGGGGGCUAUGGGUUCAUCAAUGCUCUGGUUUUGAUUA